GGUAUUAUGGUGCAAGGAAACCGGGGAAAUUAGGCAGGUUAACUCUAUAUAAACUGUUGUUUGAUGGGCAGAAUAUACUAGACUACAGACUUGGAAGCAUAGUUGGCUCUGAGAUGACAGCUGGAAUUGUUCUCGGACUUGUGGCUUUGUGCCUGACCAGCAGCCUAGUGAACUCGCAGUCUGCAGACACCAAUGUUACUGACUAUAUCUACUGGAAGAAGUCGGACAUCACGGCGUGGCAUCAAUACUUCCCUAGCCGCGUGUUGGAGGAGGAGCGGCAGACAAACAUAGCAGCUGUAGCCGCAGUCUCCAGUCUGGCCUUAAGUCUGAAGGAAAGUCUCAGCAAAAUUGUAGUGUUCCAAGCGCAGGAACUGCUGACCGCGCAGCAGAUGAUGGCCGGCACAGAUGCUGAGGGCUGCGUCAAUGGAAUCUCCGACUACAUGUCCAAGGCUAUUGCUGAGGAAAUCUCAAAUUACAAAGACUGUGCAGCUGACGCAUUGCCAAAGCUCAACCGACUGAAUAGAACAUGGGCACGCAUUAGAGCCACCUACAUGAAUGCCUUUAACAAAGUCCUGGUCCGCAUUGACACCUGCGCCAAGACUUACCCCAACAAGGACUCCAUUGACAGGCUCAAGUCCUGCGUGGAGGCGAUGACUGGUAGCUACUUCACCGUGGCCAACUCCACUCAGAAGGCGUUAUUCCCCAGUCCGUCCAUGACCUACUUCCAGAAUGUGGUGGUGGGAUGUGCGAGUGACGCCGCUACCGCCGUCGCCGACAAAGGCUCUCAGUUCCUCCAGAAAUUGUUGGAAUGCUCCGCCCUCGAUUCUGACAUCGACCAAACGACAUAUGCAGAUCAACUGAGUCAGUGGCAGGGAUACAACGACACUUUGGCCAGCCAGAUCCUCACAGCCCAAAACAUCAACUACAACCAGGUGUUAGCAGUUGAGAACGAAAUGAUCAAGUUUUACAACCUCAAGAAAGAGGCGUUGGAAACAUACGUCAUUGCAUCCAGAGGCCUAGCCUUUUACCUGAACAGAAUGUACUCGUACCUAAGCGAUUAUUACAACACUGUCACUGAAACUUCGUUUGACAACCCUGGAGACUCCGCCUGUAUAGCUUCCACCACUGCGUCACUACAGUCAGUGGUCAACUCAGUUGCUCGCCAGUCACUUUCAUGUGACCAGGAUAUUGUGAAUAAAACCAAGCACAUGAUGUGCCAGAUCACCGGAGAUUUCUCGUCUUUGAACUCUCUGAUGCCAAGUAUAGGCAACGUUGCUAUCCUCAACUGUACCGCCAGAGGCUACAUUUAUGCUCCCAACACCAUUGCUAACUGCUUCAACCUCGUCUCCUGGCAGUUUGACAUCGAGUACACCAACCGCAAUUCUGACAUUUCCAAGAACGUAGCAGUUCUCACCGACUACGUGCAGACUUUCUUCAGCGGUUCCGAUCUCCCUUGUGGUGGCUCCACCCUCAAGGCCGCUUAUCUCUCUGCCGAGGUCGCUCUAUACAACUUGCAGCGCUGUAUAUACAUUACCUCUGGAACUGUCUAUUCGGUGACCACUCCUCAACCCAACACAACGCCACAGUCCACCAACGAAUUCAACUCCUACCCUUAUUAAUAAUCUCAAAAAAUAACUACAUAUUAGAAACUCACUACAGAAAGUUUUUCAUGUAAUGGAUAAUAGACUGAAUAUCUUUUUAUUUAUUUUAUUAUGUUACGUUAGUUAUUUAAUUAGAAUUUUAGAAGUUUAAAAAUAUAGUUAUGAACUUAAACUUGUCAUGCUAUUGUUAUUAUUCGUAAUAAACUUUUACUGAAACA